CGCGUCAGUCUGUUACCGCUGUUCGACAUGCCGGCGUGUGCGCCUGAGUACCGCCUUGCGCGGUCCAAUACCGAGCUAAUUUUCUCGCCGAGAGUCAAACGGUGCGCGCAUCAACAACCGUCCUUUACGGCGCUUAGACGGUCUUUUUCGUCCACUUUUUCUCUGAUUCCUGAAGAACGGGCUGUUCCACCAGAACAUCCGGCACCUUUGCCUCGUCUUAUAAGAAUUAUCACCUGGUUCCCGCGACAAUGUCUUCGACCGUUCUUUGCGUUGCUAAGCUUUAUCACACACCCAGCCUGGAAACAGAUUUUAGUAGUGCUACCGACGCUAUGGAUUGCCGCUUUACUAUUUAUUUUCUGGAAAUUUGUGCAGUGUCCGAUCGGAGUUCUAAAGAUGAUUGCCAGCGCCAUUUCGAGCAGUCCUAACAAGCAGAGAACUGUUUUAAUAAGUGGAGGAAGUUCUGUUCAAGCUCUACACCUUGCGAGGAACUUUCAUUCGGCCGGAGCAAGAGUCAUCGCAUUUGAAAUAGAGGGUUUGUUUGCUUUGUUGAAGUACUCGGCCGCAGUUAAUAAGUUUUAUACAAUACCUAAACCAAACCCAGCAGAUCCAUUGGCGUACGCUCGAGCGGUGAAGGAAAUAGUAGAAAAGGAGUCUGCUGUUUUCUAUGUCCCGGUUAGCUCGACAACACCUGCUUACUAUGACGCGCUAGCUAAACAGCACUUGGAGGUAAUUGGAUGUCAGUGCUUUGUACCAUGUCCUCGUGAUGUAGUCGCGCUGGACGACCCUCUUGAGAUGAUUCGGAUCUGCCGCGUGGCUGGGCUGCCCACGCCACAGUUUUGGGUAGUGGCUAGUGAGGAAGACGUUAGGACAUGGUAUGAAAGUGGCGCGUCAAGGGAAGGUAAACAUUUUAUUGCCAGUGCUGGAGCCAGAGGUGCAAGGGAUCGAUUGCGCUUUGUUCUACCUGAAGAUAGGACACAUUUUAGAUUUCCGAGAGAAAUAAGUGCUGAAAAGCCAUGGUUAAUAAUGAGAGAGCCAAAAGGAGAGAAACUUAUGACCUGUACUACAUUAAAAGAAUCACGCGCAGUCAAUAAUGUAACGUGUCGAUUGGAUUCAGUAAGGAAAGGACUGGUUCCACAAAAAGAUGACGAAGCUGAUGCUUGGGUGCAGAAGUUUAUUGGAUCUUUUACACCCACACGGCCAAUGACUGGUCAUGUAUCAUUCAAAUUAGUGCGUGAGGAGAAUUCUUCAGGUAACGGGAACAAACUGGUGGUGAUUGGAGCUCGUGUUGGGGUGUCCCUACCAUAUCUAUGUCAAGGACCCAAAAGGUGUGGUCAUGCUGCAACAGUUGGGAAUCUGUUGAACACCGUGCUGGAUACACGCGAAGCUCUGUUCGCAUUCUGGGACCCGUUGCCGUAUUGUGCUUACUACCAAUCACGGUCGCCGGAAGAACGCAGGCCGCCGCUCCCUGAGCCCUGCAAGACUCCGCCCAACGUACCUCUAUGACCGCCCUCAGAGCGGUAAUCAAGACACUCUUGUACCUGAAGGAGCGUGUGAUGAUGCUGUGUCACGACCACUCCAAUAAUACGCUCUCUUAUUGUCCUCUAGGCCGGACGAUACCUUCGCGAAGGUCGAACGAUUAGCGGACGAUUGACAUGUUUGUAACUACUGAGUAGAUACGAGUUUAAUUAUAUUAUUACUUUCUUAUUAUCGCUAAGAUAGUUGUUGUUAAGCAGUCGAAUAUACUUUUACGAAGCAAAGAUACUGUGUAUGAAUAAAGUUAUUUAUUUCUAA